ACAUCCUCCCUAUCCUGCCCAUCGGUACAAUAACUUCCAAAUGCUCUUCGGGGGAGGAAAGCCUCCGCUGAAAGUUGCGGGUUACAGAUAUCAGUAAGAACAAUGGUCAAGGAUAAGGCAGGCGUCCAGCAGUUGUGCGAAACAGGGACUUCAUCAUAAUUGCUGUUAAUAAUUACAGUUGUGAUAAGUGACAGAAGUGGCAUUUAUUGAUGGCAAAACUGUCAGAGCUCCCAGUUGAACUCCAAGAGCUGGAGGAGGAGGAAGAGAGACUGGAAACCUUGGAUUUGAGGCAGAUUAGGACACUGUCAGAGCCACAUAGAGAGGAAGCAGCAGUCCUCCAGGCAGCAGAGGCAAGAUGAUGCGACCGAGAGCUAAGCAGUAUGUGGUGGCCAGGCCGCUGUAUUCGGAGGAGUCCUUCACCGAGGAGCAUGAGAAGGUCUACAGGCACCGCAAAACCAUGCUGGACCACAUCAAGCAGUACUUCACAUGUGAUGCCAAACGAGCUAAGAAUGCAGUUUUGUCUCUUCUGCCGGUCAUUGGAUGGUUGAAAAUCUACCAAAUCAAAGAGUGGCUGCUCAGCGACAUUGUAUCUGGUAUCAGCACUGGACUUGUAGCUGUCCUGCAAGGUCUGGCCUACUGUCUGCUGGCCUCUUUGCCACCCUGGUACGGACUCUUCUCUGCCUUCUUCCCUGUCAUCAUGUACUUUUUUCUUGGCACCUCCAGACACAUCUCAGUGGGGCCUUUCCCUGUCUUGUGUAUGAUGAUUAGCACGGUGGUGACCAGGCUUGUCCCAGAUGAGGGUCCGCCCGCCAACAUCACAGGGUUUGAAGGCCUGACGAGAGACGAGCAGAGAGUGUUGGUGGCCUCCUCUGUGACCUUCCUCGCCGGUAUCAUGCAGCUGGCAAUGGGUGUCCUGCAGGUGGGCUUUGUCGUCAUGUACAUGUCAGACACCCUGGUGUCCGGCUUUGCCACAGCAGCCGCCAUCCACAUCCUGGUAUCGCAGCUGAAGUUCGUGCUGGGGCUGACGGUCCAGAGCAUCAGUGGACCACUCGCUAUCGUAUAUACCCUGGAGAUCAUCUUUAACAAGAUAACCUCUGCCAACAUCUGUGAUCUGGUGAUCUCUUUGGUGAUCAUGGUGGUGGUGUUCAUCGUGAAGGAGCUAAAUGACAGAUUCAAAUCCAAGCUACCAGUGCCCAUACCCAUAGAAGUUAUCAUGACUGUCAUUGCAUGUGGAGUUUCUUAUGCAUUUGACUUCAAGACAAAGUAUGGCAUUGACGUUGUUGGCCAUAUUCCAAAGGGGUAUGAGCGUCCCAUAGCCCCAGACCUGCAGAUCUUCCAGGAGUCAGCAGUCGAAGCAUUUCCAAUAGCCAUAGUGGGUUUUGCUGUAGCCUUCUCUGUAGCAAAGGUCUAUUCUACGAAACACGAUUACACCAUAGAUGGAAACCAGGAACUGAUUGCUUUCGGAGUCAGUAACAUCUUUGGAGCCUCCUUCAAGUCUUUUGCAGCGAGUACAGCUCUUUCCAGGAGUGCAGUGCAGGAGAGUACAGGGGGCAAGACUCAGAUAGCUGGUUUACUGUCAGCCAUCAUAGUGAUGAUAGUCACCGUGGCGAUUGGAUACCUACUGGAGCCGCUCCCGAAGUCUGUGCUGGGUGCUGUGGUCAUCGUCAACUUGAAGGGCAUGCUGAUGCAAUUCAGAGACGUCCCCUACUUGUGGAGGAGGGACAAACCAGACUGUGUGGUGUGGUUAUGUACCUGUUUCGCUGCCAUCUUUCUGGGACUCGAUCUUGGACUGGCUGUAGGUCUUGGUGUGGAGCUAAUCAGUGUCGUCCUCAGGACUCAGUUCCCUCGCUGCAGUGUGCUGGCCAACAUUAAGGGAACUGAUAUCUACAAAGACAGAAAGGAUUAUAUCAAUAUAUAUGAGCCAGAGGGGGUGAAAAUCUUCAGGAUACCAUCACCAAUCUUCUUUGCCAACAUUGAGUUCUUCAGGAACAAGCUGGUGGAAGCUGCUGGAUUUAACCCAUUGAGAGUGUUAAGAAAGAGAAAUAAAGCACUGAGGAUGAUCCGGAAACUUCUGAAGAAAGGUGACCUUCAAUGGACAUCGAAGGGCCUCAUUAAUACCUCAUAUGGACCCAUCAAGGAGUCAGAAGAUGAAAGCAACGUGGAGGAGCUUGACCUGCCGACAGACUUCAAGGACCUGCCCACUCGGAUUGACUGGAACGCUGAGCUUCCCGCCAACAUCAUUGUUCCCAGAGUGGACAUCCAUAGCCUGAUUCUGGACUUUGCUGCUGUCUCUUUCCUGGACAUCUCUGCUGUGAAGGGACUCAAAACCGCUCUGAAAGAGUUUAUUCGGGUUGAAGUUGAGAUCUACAUUGUGGCUUGUGAUCCUUAUAUCCUGGAGAAACUGCAUGAGUGUAGCUUCUUUGAUGAUGAAAUUCAACCGUCAAUAUUCUACCUGACACUGCAUGACGCCAUGUUGCAAACCCUCGUGAACCAUCCAGAGUCCACAGAAAAGAAAUCCAACUAUGAAAAGGUUAUAACAACAGUCACAAUUCACCACCCUGGAGGCAGAGAUAGAAAUGCACCAGAUCCAGAAACCAAGUUCUAACUUCUGAAUGAGAAGAUGAUUAUUUCUGGCAGAAAACACCAAAAAGACCAAAGGCAAAAAGAGUGACUAUUUUACCAAUCAUGCUGUACAGUACACUGAUAUAAUGAAUAACGAUAUACUGUUUUUGACUUUAUAAAUCUGACGAUCUAAGUUUACAUAUACAGUAUCCACUGUAAUGUAAGAAAUCUCAUUUCAUGGCAUUGUUGUUUUUUAUACUGUAAAUAGUGAAUUUGUAGAAAAUUUUAGGUGCAAUAUAUUUUACAUGUUGUAUAGUUACUGUUUAUUUUCAUGACAAUGAGAAUAAAUUAACUUUUUGGCAUAUUGUUCUCAAAAUAAUGUUCUCUGGGAUAAAAGCAAUGAAAUGAAUGAGAAUGAGUGUGCAGUGGCUGAAAUAUUGAAAUAAAUGUUUUACAACUCUGAAUAAUUA